AAUGGCUAAUUUAUAUCCUCAGAAAUGUAGUUCGGUGUAGUCUCUGUAACAUGUUGGUGACCGAAAAAAGCUGUUUAUUUGCAUAUUUUUUAAUAUUUGUUGUAAAUAGCUGAGGACCUGCUAAUAUGUGAAUGACAUUAAACAAAUGCUGCCAGUCACCACUGCCCCAGUAUUAGAUAACCGCUACUCCUUCUUUGGAGGUUUGGGAUUUCAGUUUCCAAGUACAGGAAAGCUUACUCGUUGAUCGGUUGCUCUCGCCUGUUCUCCUUUCUUUUUCACCCUCCCGCGAGUUCGAGGAGCUCUUAGCUCGGCUCUGCCAGGUUCUCAGUGCGGUGACAGUGCUGGUAAACAUGGCGUCGGAAGGGAUGAUUUUAACAAACCACGACCACCAAAUCCGAGUUGGAGUCCUCACAGUGAGCGAUAGCUGCUUUCGGAACCUUGCCGAAGACCGGAGUGGAAUCAACCUGAAAGAACUUGUUCAUGAUCCGACUCUGAUGGGAGGAACUGUAUCUGCCUACAAAAUUGUUCCAGAUGAAAUAGAUGAAAUUAAGGAGACCCUGGUAGACUGGUGUGAUGAAAAAGAGCUGAACCUCAUCUUAACGACCGGGGGAACUGGAUUUGCCCCGCGUGAUGUGACUCCUGAGGCCACGAAGGAAGUGAUUGAGCGGGAGGCCCCUGGGAUGGCAUUAGCGAUGCUGAUGGGAUCACUCAAUGUCACCCCGCUGGGCAUGCUUUCCAGGCCUGUGUGUGGGAUCAGAGGGAAGACUCUUAUCAUCAACCUGCCUGGCAGCAAAAAGGGCUCACAGGAAUGCUUCCAGUUUAUCCUGCCUGCUCUACCUCAUGCCAUUGACUUGUUGCGGGAUGCCAUUGUGAAAGUCAAGGAGGUUCAUGAUGAACUGGAGGACCUCCCUUCACCCCCUCCUCCGCUGUCCCCACCUCCUACGACCAGCCCCCACAAGCAGACGGAAGACAAGGGAGUACAGUGCGAGGAAGAGGAGGAGGAGAAGAAGGAUAGCGGAGUGGCAUCCACAGAGGACAGCUCCUCGUCUCACAUCACUGCCGCUGCCAUUGCAGCCAAGAUCCCAGACUCCAUCAUAUCCCGCGGUGUCCAAGUACUGCCCCGGGACACAGCCUCUCUUAGCACCACCCCCUCAGAGUCUCCUCGGGCCCAGGCCACUUCACGUCUCUCCACCGCCUCGUGCCCCACACCAAAACUCCAUCGAAAGCUGGAGGAGCUCAGAGGUCACCUUGAGGGCAAUGUGAAAGGAUGCUCACUCAGAGUAAAUGCCCGGCUCCCUUCCUGCUCAUCCACCUAUAGUGUUUCUGAGGCUGCUCGGAGAGAGUUCAGGGCACACCUUGAUGAGGUCAUCACGCUCAAGUCAAGGUACUCUACCUUGGACCAGGUGCAAUCCCGGUGCAGCAGCAAAGAAAAUAUCCUUAGAGCAAGUCAUAGUGCAGUUGACAUCACGAAGGUGGCGCGAAGACACCGCAUGUCCCCCUUCCCCUUAACCUCCAUGGACAAAGCUUUCAUCACUGUCCUGGAGAUGACCCCUGUCCUUAGCACUGAAAUCAUCAACUACAGAGAUGGAAUGGGUCGAGUCCUUGCGCAGGAUGUAUAUGCUAAAGACAAUCUGCCGCCAUUCCCAGCUUCAGUUAAGGAUGGCUACGCAGUACGAGCUGCUGAUGGGCCAGGAGAUCGUUUUAUAAUUGGAGAAUCUCAGGCAGGCGAGCAGCCGACCCAUACUGUAAUGCCUGGCCAGGUAAUGCGUGUGACAACAGGAGCCCCCAUCCCCUGUGGGGCUGAUGCUGUGGUGCAGGUGGAGGAUACGGAGCUCAUCCGGGAAUCAGAAGAUGGUACAGAAGAAUUGGAGGUUCGGAUUUUGGUACAGGCCCGACCAGGGCAGGACAUAAGACCCAUAGGCCAUGACAUUAAAAGAGGAGAAUGUGUGCUGGCAAAGGGCACCCACAUGGGGCCUUCAGAAAUUGGUCUCCUAGCAACUGUGGGAGUCACAGAAGUGGAAGUUCAGAAAUUUCCAGUGGUUGCAGUGAUGUCAACAGGGAAUGAGCUGUUGAAUCCAGAAGAUGACCUGCACCCUGGGAAGAUACGAGACAGCAACAGGUCCACACUCUUGGCUACCAUACAGGAACAUGGCUACCCCACCAUCAACCUGGGAAUCGUUGGGGACAAUCCUGACGACCUGCUUAAUGCCCUCAAUGAAGGGAUCAGCCGCGCUGAUGUCAUCAUCACUUCAGGAGGGGUUUCCAUGGGAGAGAAGGAUUAUCUGAAGCAGGUGCUGGAUAUCGACCUUCAUGCUCAGAUUCACUUUGGACGAGUUUUUAUGAAACCAGGUCUCCCUACAACCUUUGCAACCUUGGACAUCGAUGGUGCUAGGAAAUUAAUCUUUGCCCUUCCAGGUAAUUUCAGCUUCAGAGACACAGGCUCCACCUUCCUUGAAGCCUGCUUGCCACCACUUGACUCUGAGCCAAGCAAGCAAACUCCCACUGCCACGCGUGGAAGCAACCCAGUGUCUGCUGUGGUCACUUGCAAUCUAUUUGUCAUUCCUGCUCUAAGGAAAAUGCAGGGAAUUUUGGACCCAAGGCCAACCAUUAUUAAGGCCAGGUUAUCCUGUGACGUUAAGCUGGACCCACGGCCUGAGUACCAUCGCUGCAUACUGACCUGGCAUCACCAAGAACCACUGCCAUGGGCACAAAGUACAGGGAACCAGAUGAGUAGCCGCCUGAUGAGUAUGCGCAGUGCAAAUGGACUGUUGAUGCUACCUCCAAAGACAGAGCAGUAUGUGGAGCUCCACAAGGGGGAGGUGGUGGAUGUCAUGGUGAUUGGCCGACUAUGAUGUCUUGGUUGAGAGGGGAGUGGUUACGGUGCAUGUCCACAUAUCAUUGACUGUAUCCUGUAAUAUGCAACGGCACAGCUAGUUUUUAUUGAUUUUGGAUAAAGUUGAUCAGUAUAGUCAACAUCUUGAACACAAAUAAAAAGAAUUGAAUAAACAGUAUUUCAAAGAAAAUAAAUAUAAUAACUUUUAAGAAAAAGUCUAAAAAUAAGAGAUUUAUUCUGUAAAAUAAUAUAUUAAGGCAACUUUUUUCUCUUUCAUUGCAAUUGCUUAGUGUGUUUAAUGCUAGAUCUUAUAGCAGUAGCAUUUUAAAUAGCUGUAGGUGCCUGCGAAACUUGUGUUAUUUUCUCAUCUUUAAAAAAAAAAUAAAAAUAAAAAAAAUAUUGCAGAUACUAAGUGCCCCUAGCAAGGCUGUCUGCUUCCUUUAUAUUAGCAUAGAUGACACGGCUAUUUCCCUUAUUAGUCUGCUUCAUAACUGCUUCACAAAGAGCUUUGCUUGUCGUUUAUCUUGUGAGUCGUGUUUAUGUGCACAGUGCCAAAAGCAAAGAGGCAGCGUGUGGGUCUGGUGGCACUACCGACACCGCAUUCCGGAAGCAUCCCAGCAGCCACCUGGCUCGGCACGCCGCCGCCUGUGAGGGUGGAAUUACUGGAAACAACCUUUUGAUUAAACAAAAAAAUAACCUCCUUAAGUGCUGACAGCCUUUUUAACCAACUAAUCAAAAAAUGUACAGAAAUAACAAAAAAGAAACAUGUACAGAUAUAAGUGAACCAGCAUUCAUGUGGAAAUUAACAAGCAAUGGGAGAUAUUGAAAAACUCUGUACUAUAAUGUUUUCUGUAAUGAUAUUAAAACUGAUAAAAAAUAAAAUUCCUUGAUCAUUAUGUA